AUGAAGCAGUUCUGCUGCAAGACUGAACUGUGUAACAAUGCAACUCUCAGCCGUAAGUUUCUGUAUAAUUUUAAAAUCCUCAACAUGUUAGGGCUUUGCAUUGGAUUUGGCCAAGGACUGGAUCCGUAGUCAACCAGCAGUACUCAGAGGACCUGGGCCUCAUUCAAAAGGGGUGAGACAGCCCCAGAUGGCUAUAUGGGUUGAGCAGGUCAGCACUAUUAGGGCCUCUCAAGGCGUGGAGAGGCAGGCAGGACGAAGAAGCAGGCAUGAGGAGAAACUGUGAAGAAGAGGGACCUACUGGGCAGCUACAUCUCUGCCUGAGAAGGGAUGGGUUACCUUUCCAACCAGGCCUUACCUGAAUCUGUCCCAUUGUCAAUCCUAAACCCAGACUGGGUCUAGAUAAUCUUUUCAUCCAAUAAUACUUGCAGGUGCCCCACCAAAACUUUAAAGCCCUUGGGUGAAUUACAAUAAUAUAACAUACAGGUACAAAAACAGAUACAGUGGUACCUUGGGUUAAGUACUUAAUUCAUUCCGGAGUUCUGUUCUUAACCUGAAACUGUUCUUAACCUGAAGCACUACUUUAGCUAAUGGGGCCUCCAGCUGCCGCCGUGCCGCCGGAGCACGAUUUCUGUUCUCAUCCUGAAGCAAAGUUCUUAACCCGAGGUAAUAUUUCUGGGUUAGCGGAGUCUGUAACCUGAAGCGUAUGUAACCCGAGGUACCACUGUAAAACCAUUAACAUGCUCACUAUACUUUUGAUUUUGGCAGUUUCUGAUCGCAACGUGCUGGCUGAAAAUGGCCUGAAGUGCCCAGCCUGCUUCUCCAAAGGAACCACACAGUGUAAAAGUGAGAAGACCAUCAACUGCCUUGAGAAUGAGACCCAGUGUGUUGUUUUUAAAGGAUCUCUUUUAGAGGUAACAUUGCUACUUAGACAGGGGAAAGGGCCUAGUCAUCGGAUGGGUCACACAGACUCACCCCUGUUCUCCUAUGCUCCCCCUCCCUUCCCUUUCCCUUGCAUAUUACUAGAAAUGUGAGAGGGUCCACAUCUCUAACUGGCCCCAUUCUGCACCCUUCCUUAGUGUUUUGCCUGCCUGGACUGUGUCCUUUAACUCUCAUAAUGCCACUUGCUUGUCCAGAAGGAGUAUUCCCCUUGGCUGGGGAGGGCGGGGUAUAAAUAAAUAAAAAUUAUUAUUAUUAUUAUUAUUAUUAUUAUUAUUAUUAUUAUUAUUAUUAUUAUUGUUGUUGUUGUUAAAAACACCCUUCUGAACAAAAGUAAAAAGUGCAUUCAUUGCUUCACCCCAGUUGCAUCUGGAUCUGUCCACCAUUGGGUUGCAGUCGAGGACAAAAUGUGUCCCCCUUGCUCAAAAAGCACAUUUAUUAUGUAAAAGGCAUGUAACAAGUUUUCUUAAAUUCUGUGACAAUGAGCAGUAUCUGGCUAACUAAUUCUGUGCACCAGAAUUUCUGCUCUUGGAAACUUGUAAAAUAAAAGGAGGAUUCUAUGGAUGCUUAGAUCACAGUGGGGCAAUGAGGAAGCCUCAGUGGGCAUCCAACCAUCCUGAGAGACAAUGAAGUGCAUCUCCAGCUUUUUGUUUGUGUGUCGCUGCAUCACACUGUUGUCUCAUGCCAGGUUAAAACACUCAAGGUUCCCACACCAGGGAGGGAGUGUUGUUUUCAAAUCUUGCUGUGUGGCCACAGCAUGUGAUUUUAACUUGCCCAGGAGAUAGCAGGGAUAGAGUUCCUCCCAUUUUAUUGCAACUCAGCUGCACACAAGAAUUUGAUCUGCUUAAUCUAGUUAAUUAGGCCUGUUUUCAGAUUCUCUACUUUCAUUAUAUUUUAUAAAUAUAAUGUCAGAGGCUGGACUGAGGAGGAAUGGUGGGAGCUGCCCCCUUCUUUUCUGAUUUCCUGAAGCCUGACAGAUAAACUGUUUAUUAAUAAUCUUGAGACUCCUUUGGGUAUGAUGGCCAUUCUGAAUUACAUAUGAGUUUAUUUUUAUCCAAACUUCAUGUUGAAAAUUUUAUUUAUUCAUGUUCUAAUGAAAUUAUAUUUUUCAGAUUUCUUAAAUAUACACAUUUUAAAACUAACUAAAAUUGUCAUUUAGCCUCACAAGCACAAUCUCCUAGUACCUGG